CCUUCGGUUACCUCAAUUAUUGCGAAGCCCGGUCCUCCUCCCCCUCAUCUUCUCCCCAUCCGCCCCCAUCUCCAUUCCUCCUCCCCUCCACGGCGGCUCUCCAUUGGUAAUGGCGAUGGCGGCGUCGUGGUGGGCGCUGCUGAUGGCGGUGGUGGCUGCGGCGGCGGCGGGGUGCGGCGAGGCGGCGCCGACGGCGGCGGCCGAGGCGGCGCACGACGUGCUGCAGUCCCACGGCCUCCCGCGCGGGCUGCUCCCCGCCGGGAUCGCGGCGUUCACGCACGACCCCGCCACCGGCCGGUUCGAGGCGGUCCUGGAGUCCCCCUGCACGGCGCGCACCGAGGUUGGCCUGCGGUACAACGUGACCGUCGCCGGGCAGAUCACGUACGGCCGGAUCGCGGAGCUCUCGGGUGUCGACGCGCAGGACCUCUUCCUGUGGUUCGCCGUGCGCAGCAUCCGCGUUGACGUGCCCUCCUCCGGCGUCAUCUACUUCGACGUCGGGGUCGUCUACAAGCACUUCCCUCUGUCGUUCUUCGAGGCCCCGCCGCCGUGCGUGCCCACCUCGCUCAUCCUCCUGCAACCACAUCAGAUUAGGGACGACGGAUCAGUGGUGGAAGACGGCGCCGCGUUGCAACAAUGAUGGGAUGGUUUCAUCGUGGAGGCGUGAACCAGAAAUCGCAGUUUUGAGAGGUGAUCGGCCGGCGGCGGGCAGACGGCCGGCUAGUGUGCAGAUAGAUGGAUGUGGUCAUUGGUUUUGUUUGCUCCUCGCCACCUCAUCACUCUGUUCCGUUCUCGUCGUCGUUCUUGUCCGCUGCAUGCUAAAGUCAAUCGUCGGCCGGCAGGAGCUGCCUGCGUGUACUACUCCGGCGGCGUCUGGUCGAUUGUCAUAUUUUCCACGGUAAUGGAUGAUGCUUGUAUAUGUCAAAGAUUUUGUGUGAUCAAUGAUCCUGAUCUUCCUUUA